AGUUACUUUUUUCUUCCAACACAUCGUCGUUGUUCUUGCAAAGGGUUUGAGACAAUCAUCCUCGUGCAGACCUGCAUCCUCCGUGUGAUCAGCAUCCUUAGUAGCAACACCGCCUCGAUAUAAUCUCAGCAAACUCAAGGUGUGUUUUGACGAUGGCGAUAGUUGUCUCUCGAGUUUUAUGAUCCGAGGUGCCGCAAACAAUAGUAGGACUGUAUGGAAGUAACAGAGAGCGGAAGCUGAUUUGAAACGUACAUGACGAUGUCGGAGCAUCCACCACACAACUCUGGGUGUAAUUUUACCAGUAGUCCAGCUGUCGACACAAAAACCAAAGUGCAUUUUCUCAACGUUUUUUUAAUUUUCUCCUAUACAUUGUUUCGAUCAAAACAGACAAGAUGACUGUUGCCGGUAUCAUGCGCCAAUACCAAGUGGUCGGCCGAAAGGCCCCCACCGAUGACGUUCCUAACCCAGAAGCGUACAGAAUGAUCAUCUUCGCCCCCAACGCCGUUAUCGCAAAGUCGAAGUUCUGGUAUUUCAUGCAUCAAUUUAGAAAGAUGAAGAAGACCACCGGUGAAAUCUUGGACUGCGUUGAGAUUGUCGAAAAGAACAACAGAAUCGUCAAGAACUACGGUAUCUGGCUUCGUUACAACUCCCGUUCUGGUACCCACAAUAUGUACCGAGAGUUCCGAGAUGUUUCCUUGACCGGAGCCGUUUCACAAUUGUACGAUGAAAUGGCCGGACGUCACCGAGCUCGCCCUCGAUCCAUCCAGAUUAUCAGAACAGCGGUUGUCGGUGCCAAGGACUUGAAGCGUGUCAACGGUAUGCAAUUUGCCCAGGCCAAUGUUAAAUUCCCUCUUCCCCACCGUGUUGCCAGCGGAAAGCGAGGACAAAAAGCUUUGUCUUCGUCCACUUUCACCACUGUCCGACCUACAACCUUCCUUGGUUAAGCAAUAAACGAAAUUCCAAUACCCCAAAAUUUUGGUGAGAUUAAAAGCUACAACCGCGAUCAUCGCCUGCACUGUGACAUAAGUGCCUUGAUAUACAAUCGUAUUGUUAGAAGUAGACGUAUGAGCGAGAAGAGGAAUCAAAUGUUCCUUGGCAAUAAUUCCUCGAACUUUAUCUGUAGAUUAGGAACUUUUCUGCUUAGUUCCAAUCCCAAAUUAAGCACGGAGUCAGUUAUUGAGAUACUUUAAAAGGUGAGGCAACUUUAGUAGUCACUCGAUGGAUAAUACCAAGCGUGGCUCUCGUUAUCAAUGAAGUGCUUUCUCGAUAUGAGGAAACUCUUGUCUUCAUAGGUACCUGCAGCAAACCCGUCUUAACGUCAAUCUCUUUCUGCAUCAUCAGAAGUGGGAACAUCUACGAUGUCUUUUCGAAGAAAGGAUUGGGAAUAGCGAGAGCAUAAAUUUCAUCAAAGGCGUUAUGUUUUUUGAUACAGAGAAAUGACGAAACCCCAUUCGCUUCACGAGCCCUUCAAUCCCGCUAAGAGUAUCGGCGUGAAGACAUUAUCG